CCCUUCACCGCCGUUGGCCGCAUCCAGAGCGCACGGACACACAGACCAAGUGGACGUGUUUUGGUUCUGGUCACGCAACAGACACUUAUAUUUUUCCUUCUUUUCUUCGUGGACGUAGUUUUAAAGACAGCUUUUUGGGUUUUGUGUUUUUUUUUCUCUGGCAGGACGAGGAGCGGACUGUUCUAGAGUCAAAACCCGUUGGAUUUAAACUCCAAACCGCGUCGUUUCUUUAACUCCCCGAGCUUGUUUUUCUGUUUUAUUUUAUUUAUUUUAUUAUUUUUUUGAGCCUCCGUCAUGGGAUCCGUCCGGUCUGGGUGGCACGAGCAGAGGACAGAGCCGGGACCGGUGCGCGCUGCCCGGGCACGAGCUACGUCUUAACCCGCCACGAGGAGAAACGAAGAGAGAGGGCGCGAGAGACGUGGAGGUUGAGUGUGUCUGUAAAAUGGCGCCACCCUCUGGUCACAUAUGAUCCAACAUGGACGCCUUAAAUGCAGCCAACGCCACACAGGACGAGCUCCGCCUCCUGCCCCCACCUGAUGAUGACCCCGCCAACCUGGUUUAUCAGGACUAUGACUCUGGGGCCGGCGCCGUCCCCCCGGCGUUGCCCACUGUGGUAUUUGAGGGGGUGAAUUUCCCAGAAGACUCCAUCAAACUGCUCAGUGUUCAGGUGGUGUUGAUCCUGGCCUACAGCACCAUUAUCGUACUGGGAGUUCUGGGUAAUUCACUGGUCAUCUAUGUCAUUUACCGCUUCAAGACUCUGCGGACUGUCACCAACUUCUUCAUCGCAAACCUGGCUGUUGCUGACCUGCUGGUCAACACCCUGUGUCUACCCUUCACGUUGGUCUACACCCUUCAGGGGGAGUGGAAGUUCGGCAGCACGCUCUGCUUCCUACUCCCGUACGCCCAGGGGCUUGCGGUGCACGUCUCUACGGUAACACUCAACGUCAUCGCCCUGGACCGCCACAGGUGUAUUGUGUACCACCUGGAGACCAGGAUGCGUAAAGACGUCUGUUUUGGCGUGAUAGCGUUGACGUGGGUGUUGAGCGCCGUGUUGGCGAGCCCUCUGGCCAUCUUCAGAGAGUACGGCUCUUUUACUUUGGAGGGACACACCAUCCAGGUUUGUACAGAGAAGUGGCCGGGGAAAAACACCGAUGGCACCAUUUACAGCAUCUCCAUGUUGAUCCUUCAGUACUUCCUCCCACUGUCCAUCAUCUCCUUUGCCUACGCCCACAUCUGGUCCAAACUGCGAGGCCACGUCAGUCCGGCAGAGACCGGCGGCAGCAGCGCUGGUUCUGAGCGCCACCGCCGGCGCCGUAAGACCACAAAGAUGCUGGUGACCAUGGUGGUGGUGUUCGCCGUCAGCUGGCUCCCCUUCCACGCCUUCCAGCUGGCAACAGACAUCGACAGCUCGGUGCUGGACAUGCGCGACUUCCGCCUGCUCUACACUAUCUUCCACGUGGUCGCCAUGUGCUCCACCUUCGCUAACCCGCUGCUGUACGGUUGGAUGAACCGUAACUACCGCGCCGCCUUCGUCGCCGUCUUCAAGUGCAGCAGAGGAGGUGAGAGGGGGCGGGGCAGUCGGCUGGACAGCAUCCACCCUAUUGGAGGAGGAGGAGGAGGAGGGGGAGGAGGAGCUGCAAGAGGAGGAGGUGGUGGAGUUGGAGUUGGAGGGGGAAGGGCUAAGAAGAUAGUUCUGGAAAGCCAUGAUGUGGUGUCGACCCGGCUUAACGCCACCGAUGUUUGAGCGCUAGAGGGAGGAGGCAAUGAGAGUGAGAAACACUAAAAAAAAAAAGGGAAAAAAAAAUCUAAUCUUUUGUUUCCCAGAAGACAAAAGAUGCAAGAAGAGAUUCCACAUGGCAUCAGAAGAUAAAGAUUUGAGAGAAAAUAGAAACGGCCGACUGAGAGGAGGCCGACCAAAAUAGACCAGAGGGGAUUAGAAGAAGAAGAAAGACAGAAAGAAGAGAAGACUGAUUCAAGGACUUGUCCGCCAUGACAAUGGAACCUCAUUACGACCGCGAUCUUUGAGGGGAUUUCAACGAGUAAAGUUUAGCUUUGAGUGAAGGAUUUACAACAGUAAAAAGCAUUUGCAGAAGCACUUAACGGCAAACUUAGAUUGUUCUUGGAUAAAGAUUUGCAUUGUGAACAUCACGAAAUGGAAAAAAAAAACUGAUUUCAUACAACUUUUAAUGCAAAUUUGGUGG